ACUACGCAGAUCGGACUCUUUUUGCUCACGCACCUCGCUCGGCACUCUCCACAACCAUGUCUGACAAACCCGAUAUGGCUGAGAUCGAGAAAUUCGAUAAGUCGAAAUUGAAGAAGACAGAAACGCAAGAGAAAAACCCUCUGCCUUCAAAAGAAAUCAUCGAACAGGAGAAGCAAGCCAGUGAAUCAUAAUGA